UCCCGCUGCAGGGCAUUGCCGAGAUGCUGGAGGUGCAAGACGGCGGCAGGCAGCCGCCGCAACCAAACUGGGCUGCUGUGCUGCAGCACCCGCGCCGGUGGGGUGCCCUCUCCCUGUCUCCGGGCAGGACUGCAGCUUAGGUGCUGCCGCUGAGCCAUCUGCAUUUGCUCCAGCCAUCCUCUCUCUCUCUCUCUCUCUCUCGCUCCUCUAUUGCAUACACACAGGCGUGUGCAAAAAAAAAAAAAGGAAUAGGGGAAAAAUCCAUGUUGCAAGCGCUGCUCUGGCUGCCGCCUUCUCGCCUGCUGAGUCAUGGAUUGAGAGCCCCUCUCUUCUCCUCGCGGGAAUCACUGGCACGGCUCAGGGCUGCGGAUUCCCGGGCCACAAGGACCAGGCAAGGCUUCUGCUCCGCCUCCGGCUACCUGUCGAGGCAAGCCGCCCUUUCGCUGCGUCCCUCUCCAAGGCUCCGUCCUCAGCACCCGCUACCUGGUCUUCCAAUCCUCCCAGCUCCAGGUCACCCAGACCCAGGGAGAAGAAGGGGAGCAAAAAAGCUCCCCGCGCUCCUGAAUCAUGAUCGCCGCGGCUUUCUUGGUUUUGCUCCGACCUUACAGCAUCCAAUGCGCCCUUUUCUUGCUGCUUCUCCUACUGGGGACCAUAGCCACGAUUUUGUUCUUCUGCUGGUGGCAUCGUAAGCUCCAGAAAGGGAGGCAUCCCAUGAAAUCCGUCUUUUCAGGACGCUCAAGGAGCCGAGAUGCUGUAAUGAGAACCCACCACUUUCGUUCCGAGAGUUUUAGACCAAGCCCUCGCCACAUUAGAAGACGUGUAAUACCUCGCCUUGAAGAAACACAGCCCCUAGUGGAAACACGUCAGCUGAGCGACCAAGAACCGUCUGUCAAGAAAAGAAAAAUCAAGAAGAGUAGCCGAGUCCAACCAGAAUUCUAUCACUCCGUUCAAGUUACACCAACUCGAAACCCUAGCUCUGGAAACGCUUCCCACAGAUGCUCGAUGUCAUCCUCUGCAGAGUUUUCUGAUGAUGAUGAUUUCAGCCAGAAAUCUGGUUCGCUGUCUCCUGCUCCGGGUGAUACCCUUCCUUGGAAUCUACCUAAACAUGAGAGAUCCAAGAGGAAAAUUCAAGGUGGAUCUGUGCUGGACCCAGCUGAAAGAGCAGUCCUCAGGAUAGCCGAUGAGCGGGACAAAGUACAAAAGAAAACCUUCACAAAAUGGAUAAACCAGCACCUUCUGAAGGUUCGCAAACAUGUGAAUGACCUGUAUGAAGAUCUGAGAGAUGGACAUAACUUGAUCUCUCUUUUAGAAGUUCUUUCAGGAGAUACCCUGCCAAGAGAGCGAGAUAUUUUGAAGACCUUACGGUUGGUGAGUUCAACAGAAGCAUGCCCGUAUGAACAGCAUGAGGAUGAGGAGGAUGAGGAUAAGGGGCCCAGAGAGAAAGGUCGGAUGCGUUUUCACAGACUACAGAAUGUACAAAUUGCACUUGAUUAUUUGAAAAAACGGCAGGUGAAAUUGGUAAACAUCAGGAAUGAUGACAUAACAGAUGGAAAUCCCAAAUUGACUUUGGGAUUAAUAUGGACCAUAAUUUUGCACUUUCAGAUUUCUGACAUCCAUGUUACUGGGGAGUCAGAGGAUAUGUCUGCGAAAGAGAGGUUGCUCCUGUGGACACAGCAGACAACUGAGGGUUAUGCUGGAAUUCGUUGUGAAAAUUUCACUACCUGUUGGCGAGAUGGGAAAUUAUUUAAUGCCAUCAUUCAUAAAUACAGGCCGGACCUGAUAGACAUGAAUACCGUUGCUGUUCAAAGCAACCUUGCAAAUUUAGAACAUGCUUUUUUUGUAGCAGAAAAACUUGGUGUUGCCAGACUUCUGGAUCCUGAAGAUGUUGAUGUCUCCUCGCCUGAUGAGAAGUCAGUAAUCACAUAUGUGUCAUCGCUUUAUGAUGCAUUUCCCAAAGUACCAGAAUGUGGUGAAGGCAUCAGUGCAAAUGACGUUGAAGUCAAGUGGGUUGAAUACCAGAAUAUGGUGAACUACCUCAUCCAGUGGAUCAGGCACCAUGCCACGAUAAUGGCUGACCGAGUAUUUCCAAACAAUCCUGUGGAACUCAAGGCACUUUAUAACCAAUAUUUACAAUUUAAAGAAACAGAAAUUCCACCAAAGGAGACAGAUAAAUCAAAAAUCAAGCAACUAUAUAAAUUACUGGAGGUUUGGAUAGAGUUUGGGCGUAUCAAGCUCCCUCAAGGCUACCACCCAAAUGACAUAGAGAAGGAGUGGGGGAAGCUCAUUAUUGCCAUGCUUGAAAGGGAGAAGAUGCUUCGGCCAGAGGUUGAGAGGUUAGAAAUGCUGCAACAGAUUGCAAACAGAGUACAGCGAGACAGCCUGAGCUGCGAAGACAAACUAAUGCUUGCUCGAAAUGCUGUGCAGUCGGAUGGAAAACGAUUAGAAUCGGGUUUACAGUUCCAGAAUGAGGCAGAGAUUGCAGGCUAUUUACUUGAAUGUGAGAAUCUAUUGCGUCAACAAGUCAUGGAUGCUCAGAUUCUUAUUGAUGGAAAAUAUUAUCAGGCAGAUCAGCUGGUCCAGAGGGUUGCAAGACUAAGAGACGACCUUAUGGCCUUAAGAGCAGAGUGCUCCUCGAUAUACAGCAAGGGGAGAACGCUGACAACAGAACAGACCAAGAUGAUGAUAUCAGGAAUAACACAAAGCUUAAACUCAGGAUUUGCACCAAACUUAAGCCCUACUUUAAGCUCUGGACUUGGCCAGGGUUUAACCCCCUCCUUGACUUCAUCUAGUCUGGCAUCAGGUUUAUCAUCAGGUUUUUCUUCAAGACUAACUCCAUCCAUCACCCCAGCAUACACACCAGGUUUUCCUCCAAGGUUAAUUCAAAGCUACGUAACAGGUGUGGAUAGCGGUGCGCUGCAAACACUUAAACUAAUGCAGAUCCGGAAGCCCCUGAUGAAAUCUGCAUUUGUUGACCAGAAUUUAACAGAAGAGGAAGUCAACAUGCAAUUUGUUCAGGAUCUCUUAAGAUGGGUAGAUGAAAUGCAGGUACAACUGGAUCGGGCUGAAUGGGGUUCAGAUUUGCCGAGCGUUGAAAGCCAUGUAGAAAAUCACAAGAACGUUCAUAAAGCUAUUGAAGAAUUUGAGUCAAGCCUUAAAGAAGCAAAAAUCAGUGAGAUCCAAAUGACGGCUCCCCUCAAACUCAGCUAUGCAGAAAAAUUGCACAAACUGGAGAGCCAAUAUGCAAAACUCUUGAAUACAUCAAGAAAUCAGGAAAGACACCUUGAUACCCUUCACAACUUUGUAUCUCGUGCUACCAGAGAACUAAUAUGGUUGAAUGAAAAAGAGGAAGAGGAGGUUGCAUAUGACUGGAGUGAAAGAAACACAAAUGUAGCAAGGAAGAAGGAAUACCAUGCAGAACUUAUGAGAGAACUUGAUCAGAAAGAAGAAGUUAUUAAAUCAGUUCAGGAAAUAGCAGAACAAUUGCUUCUAGAAAACCACCCUGCAAGAUUAACUAUUGAGGCCUACAGAGCUGCAAUGCAAACACAGUGGAGCUGGAUUUUACAACUUUGCCAGUGUGUUGAACAGCAUUUAAGAGAAAAUGCUGCAUAUUUAGAGUUUUUCAAUGAUGCCAAAGAGGCCAUGGAUUACUUGAAGAAUUUAAGAGAUGCCAUACAACGGAAGUACAGCUGUGAUAGGUCCAGUAGCAUUCACAGAUUGGAGGAUCUGAUCCAGGAGUCUAUGGAAGAAAAAGAACAGCUUCUGCAAUACAAGAGCACUGUGGCGGGUCUUGUGGGAAGAUCCAAGAGUAUAGUUCAGCUGAAGCCAAGGAAUCCAGAUAAUGCACUCAAAACAUCCAUCCCAAUUAAAGCCAUCUGUGACUACAGACAGAUAGAGAUAACCAUUUACAAAAAUGAUGAAUGUGUUCUAGCAAGCAAUUCACACCGGGCGAAAUGGAAAGUGAUUAGUCCGAGUGGUAAUGAGGCCAUGGUGCCUUCUGUGUGUUUUACAGUUCCUCCACCAAACAAAGAAGCAAUAGACACUGCAAACAGAAUUGAACAGCAAUAUCAGAGUGUUUUAACCCUUUGGCACAAAUCACAUAUAAACAUGAAGAGUGUGGUUUCCUGGCAUUACUUGACACAUGAAAUUGAAACUGUUCGAGCUGGUAACAUUGCUUCGAUAAAGACACUCUUGCCAGGUGAACACCAGCAAGUUUUAAGCAACUUGCAGUCCCGUUUUAAUGACUUUCUGGAAGACAGUCAGGAAUCUAAAGUCUUCUCUAUCGCUGACAUUGCACAGUUGGAAAGGGAGGUAAAUGUCUGCAAGGAGUACUAUCAAGAGCUCCUUAAGUCUGCUGAGAGAGAGGAGCAUGAGGAAUCCAUUUACAACCUCUACAUCUCAGAAGUACGAAACAUCCGACUUCGUUUGGAGAAUUGUGAAGAUCGUUUGAUUAGUCAGCUUCGAACGCCGCUAGAGAGAGAUGACUUACGUGAAAGUGUGUUUCGGAUUUCUGAACAAGAAAAGCUGAAGAAGGAGUUGGAUCGACUUAAGGAAGACUUGGAAACAGUCACAGAUAAAUGCGAUGAGUUUUUCAGUCAAGCUGCUGGUUCACCCUCAGUCCCUGCUUUGCGGUCGGAACUUAAUCUCUUAAUUCAGAAUAUGAAUCAGAUUUACUCCAUGUCUUCCAUUUAUAUUGAAAAGUUAAAAACUAUAAAUUUGGUGCUCAAGAACACACAGGGAGCUGAGUCACUAGUAAAACUAUAUGAAACUAAGCUAUGUGAGGAAGAACCGUUGACUGCCAGCAAGAGCAAUAUUGAGAACUUGAUGGGUACAUUAAAGCAAUGGAGAUCAGAGGUUGAUGAAAAGAGAGAAGUGUUGCACGCUUUAGAAGAUGAACUCCAGAAAGCCAAAGCAAUCAGUGUUCAGAUGUUUAAAACACACAAAGAACGUGAUUUGGACUUUGACUGGCACAAAGAGAAAGCUGAUCAGCUAACCGAGAGGUGGCAGAAUGUUCACGGUCAAAUUGAAAACAGGUUGCGUGACUUAGAGAGCAUCAGUAAAUCUCUGAAGUACUACAGGGAUACUUACAGUGCACUGGAUAGCUGGAUUAAGCAAGUUGAAGAAACUCAGCAAAGAUUUCAGGAAGAUCCACCUCAGAACAGUAAAGCUCUGGUCAAACAGCUAAACAAGCAAAAGAUGCUGGUUUCUGAAAUAGAAAUGAAACAAAGCAAAUUGGAUGAAUGUCAGAAGUACUCUGAGCAGUAUUCAGCUGCAGUAAAGGACUAUGAGUUGCAGACAAUGACUUACAGGGCCAUGGUUGACUCCCAGCAAAAAUCGCCAGUGAAACGUCGAAGAAUGCAGAACUCUUCUGAUUUUAUUAUCCAAGAGUUCAUGGAUUUACGAACACGCUAUACAGCUUUAGUAACCUUGAUGACUCAGUACAUAAAGUUUGCUGGUGACUCCCUGAAAAGGCUAGAAGAGGAAGAGAAAUCAGUGGAAGAAGAAAAGAAAGAACACGUUGAGAAGGCUGUGGACUUAAUGAAAUGGGUCUCAAAUAUCACCAAGAGUCUCAGCAAAGGAGAAAGGCCUGAAAAAGCAAAUUUUCUUAAAAGACAGAUUUCUUCUGAUGAGCUGUCAGCCAAGAAAGAACAGAUAUCAGAGGCUUUGCAAACAACACAGUCAUUUUUAGCAAAGCACAGUGAUAAAAUGACAGAUGAAGAGAAAAAUGAAAUGGAAAACCACAUUCAGUCACUGCAAGAAGGUUAUAAACUGUUAUCUAAUGAAGAUUUGAAGCAAUUGCAGGAGGAGCAAAAUGUAGACGAUGAAAACAUGGAUGAGAAGGUGGACAGAGUCAUAGCUGGCAUCAUUGAUCAAACAACUGGAGAGAUUUUUUCAGUCUUCCAGUCACUUUGUAAAGGCCUUAUUGACUAUGACACCGGAAUUCGAUUACUUGAGAGUCAGCUCAUUUUAUCAGGUCUGAUUUUACCAGUUCCAGGAAAGAGUUUUGACCUUGAAGAAGCCAGAACCUGUAAACUUGUUGAUGAACAGACUGCAUCACAAUUACAAGAUAUGCAGAAGGCUAAAAAGAUCAUUUCAGAAUCACAAGCAACAGUACUACCAGUUAUAGCUGCUUUCGAAAAGGGUCUAAUUUCAGAAUCCCUGACUGUUAAAAUUCUUGAGAUUCAGCUUUCCAGGGGGCAUCUAGUGAUACCAUCCACAGGAGAACAACUGACUUUGCAGAAAGCUUUCCAGAGGGACCUGAUUUCAGGAAGAUUAUAUACUCAUCUGCUAGAAAGACAUGACAUGUGCAGAGACCUUAUUGAUCCCAGCACCACAGAAAAGGUUUCCCUUGAAGAAUUGCUUGAAAGAACUGUAAUACAUCAAGACACAGGCUUGAGGCUGUUACCUGUGACCCCUCAAGAAAAAGGCAGAAUAAUAUUAAAAUGUGGGAGGAAGAUAAGUAUUCAGAGAGCAGCACAUGAAGGACUCAUAGAGAGAGAGACUAUGUUUAGACUUCUAGAGACUCAGCUACUUUCUGGGGGUAUAAUUCACCCAGAAGCAGGACACAGAAUGAGUGUUGAAGAUGCUAUGAGAGAAGGGGUUAUUGAUCAGGAUGCUGCUUGUGCUAUUCUGACCCAUCAGGUCCAGACAGGUGGGAUCCCGUGUCCAAGUUCAUCAAAGCGUCUGACUAUCGAUGAAGCUGUACAGUGCAACUUGAUAUCCUCUAGCAGUGCUUUGCUAGUGCUGCAGGCCCAGCAAGCCUUCAUUGGCCUCAUCUGGCCACACAGUGGUGAAAUAUUUCCUGUAUCUACAUCUUUACACCAAGGCAUGGUCACAAAUGAGAUAGCCUGCAAAAUUCUAAACGGCCGUCAAAAAAUAGCAGGACUUUAUAUUCCAGAGACAUGUGAAGUGAUCAGCCUGGAUAAUGCUGCUCAGCGUGGAGAAAUAAAUAAUAACACUGCAUCUGUUUUGAAUAAUGUCACGCUACCAGACAAAAUGCCUAAUGUGCAUGAUAUAACAUUCCCUUUUAAAAGAGCUGCAUGGUCGCUUUCAUCUUGUGGACUUCACCCAUUUGUCCCACAUGAUGAUAAAAUGGAUGUAGAUGCUUCUGACACCGGCAAGAUCUUGCCUCACAGAUCAGAACAAACUCAAAAUUUAUUCAUAUCUUACCUACUGAUAAAUAGUUACAUGGAUGCAAACACAGGGCAGAGACUUUUGCUAUACUGCAGCGACUUAAAUAAAACUGUUGGUUUGUUAAUGCAUAGUAAUGAAUCUGAAUAUAGUACAAGUGAGACUAAACAACAAUUUUGUGACACAAGUGUAAGCACAGAAGCACCCAGCUUUGAGCAUCUGCAGCCUAAAAAUAUGGUGCUUAGCAAUAUUACCAGAUCCACUUUAGACCCGCAGAAAAGUGUGCAAAAUAUUUCCAGUGACUACAGCAGGAAUGAGUCUUGCAAAGAAAGUCACCCUAAUGACAAAAACUCUGGGAGCAAUUAUUUUUCUGUUAUGGCUAGUGGUUCAGAGCAGUCAAAAUGUGUUGUGGACACUUUAUUUUGUAAACAGGAAUGUGUCUCUGGAAGGAUGAUCACUACAAAUCAGAAUCCUGAAAAAGAAAAUAUGUUUCAAAGUUUGCCAGAAUAUUGUGAGCAAAUGGCAGUGGAAGUAUGUGAAAAUGUAACUGAGCAACCUGAUGUUACCAUUGGUAAGGCUGUUGAGUCUCUUUCAAAGUAUUCAGUAGAGGUUCUCCCACCUAAAAUAAAUGAAGAUUAUAUUUGUGCUGUAGAGAAGAGAAAGAUCAAGGAGAAUGAAAACCAUUUUUCAGGCACUUUAGCUAAUUUUUUAGUUGUUGGUAAAGAAGUUCAAAAGAUCACAGAUGUUUCACAUCUUCCGAUCGAUACUGUGCAGAACUGCAUUCCUAAUGUUUUGCAGUCUAAAGGAGAAAUUAUGUCAAAGAAAGAAAAUGAAGUAAGUGAUGGGUUUCAGAAUAGUUUAUAUGCCAGUGUGGGAUCUGACAAUAAACUUUUAAAUGAACUUACUGAAGGAGAAUGUGUGACUUGCAAUGACAGUGAGACACUGAAGUCAGAAACUAACAGUGCUUUGCUGCUACCUAACUACAAUGAUGGCAACCCCAGGUCUCCUUUGCAAGGUUUCACUGAUUCAAAUGGCACGUUACCUUUAGUAGAUCACACUCUAAUGCAUGAUAUCCAUCUGCCAAAAGAUUCUGAUCACAUAAAGCUGCAGCUAGAAGAGCUUUCAGAUAUCUGUGACCAUCAGCCAUUGGAAGAACCUGCUAAUAAACCUAGUGUUUGCCCAUUGGAAUAUCCUACUGCAGCACAAGGCGCAUCAACAUUGGGAUUCAUAGAGGAUAAGCAUUAUCCAUCAAUGAAAGACUACAGCAAUAACGAAAGUAUACCAGUGCUAGAAAAUCAUACUUUUACCAUUGGUAAAGACCUGAUAGAAGACAAAACUGGUUGCAUUAAUGAAUUAUUGCAGGACCAACAGAUUGAAAGUAGGUCUUUGGAAAAUUAUAUUGUUGACAGUGACAGACAACAACUCGUAGAGCAGGCAAACUUAUGUAGCAUAUAUGACAAUCAUACCACUUGCAAUGGGGUUCCACUACUGGAAAAUCAUAAUGAAUGUAGACAAGCUAGGGCACUUAUGGGAACCAGUGACAUUAGUCAUUCAGAGCUACCACUGGAAGAUUACACUGAUACAAAUGCCAAGCCCCCAGAGAAUGUCAGUCCUCACAUUCUUGAUGGAGCAUUCAUUAAGAUUAAUGCUAAUAGCCAGUCUAAUAUUAAUUGUGACCUGGCCAGUGUACACUCUGUGGGUGAAAGUGAAGCAACAUUUUCAUGUGGCAGGUUGCUUCUGAAAGAUAUUAACGGAAAGCCUUCUGAGCCACUGCAUGAAAACAAGCGUAGCUCUCCUCUGUCAGAAGAUGGGAAUGAAUACAAAGACAGAAAAGACCUUUGUGGCAUGGUUCAGGAUGUGGACCACAGUGAGCAGGUUUCUGAUUCUACACAGAUGGAAAGUGACAAUGAUUAUUACAAUUUGGCCAAAACUGAUGAGGAUGACACCUUUGUGGUAAACGAUAAUGUAAUUUUAGAGUCUGACACUACUGCAGUAACCAUCAUGGCAAGAGUAGAGAAGCCAGUAAGUGCACAAGAAGAAGGAGACUCUUCUCUGAUCAGCCCGAAUAACAAAGAGGAAGAUAUUCUAUGCUUUAGUGUAUUAAGUGACACAGGUACAUUUGAAAUUAUGAACACAGCAGCAUUCAGUGCAAAGAUACUGGACACAGUCCUAGAAGAGGUAGAAGAAAGUGUAGACGUGGAAAAGGAAGAUAAGGAAAAAGAAAGUGGAGAAAGAAGAGAGACUGACCUUACUUCACUGUUAAAUAUGCAUAAGGCUAAAUUGAAAGGAGUGGGACGUGAAGAAAUUAGAAAGUGUGAAAGCGAGGUAGACGACAGUGAAUGUGAAAGUGUAGGUGAGGAUAAUGAUGGUGAUGACAGUGAUGACACUGAAGAUGACUUUAAGGGUUAUGAUUAUAUGGAUUUAGAUUAUGAUACUUCGGAUGAUACUGACUAUGAGAAUAAAGAAGUGAUGGAAAUGCACUAUUCACAGUGCUGUGAAGAAAGUUCUAGGCUCCAGGUGUCUGCGCUUUUGGAAACAACAGAAGACAAGAGUUUACAUAGUGAAGAUAGUUUGCACUCAGAGUCAAAAUGUGAUUUGCUGUGCUUUGAAAGCUACAAGGUUGAUGGAUUCCAAAACAUAGCUGAUCCUGCUGAAGAAAGUAUUCAAAAACUUGCAUGGAAAAGUGACGGAAAGGAGAAAGAAACCAAUCAGGUGUCUGAGUCUGUCAUGGAAAAUGAAUGUAUGUUACAUGAAAGUGUUCUAAGACAAAGCAGUGAAAUCUCUCAUGUAGACUCGAGCAUAGGUACGACGUUAGAGAUUGUACAGGCUGAGAUAGAUCUACCGUAUGAAAGACACACAUGCACUGAGCUGCGCAGGCCUCAAAUGUAUGAAGAUAAUGUAGUAGUGACAUCAUCAGACCAUGGCCUAAAGGCAGUAGAUGAUGGAAAAUCAAUACAAGCAGUUGCCAAUCAAGAUGAAACAGACAGUUUUAUUGAAGAUAAUAUCCAGGAAUCAAGUGUAUUGAGAGAGAGCCCAGAAAAGACCUGUUCAUCAGUAAUUAAAAAUGGAUCUGAAAUUAUUCUUUCAUGUGACCAACAUUCAAAAGGAACUGCAUCAGCUAUACACUCCAGUGGCAUUGGUACAGGUGUAUCAGUGGACCAUACAGAGGAUUUUGACCUUUCUGCUUACCUAAAGCAAUGUGCAAAAGAUGUACAAACCAAAGAUACCUUAACACUGAAAGAGGAGAGUGCAUAUUACUUUAAGGAAGUUAAAAGAGACCAGGAAGGUAUACAGAAUAGAAAUGAACUAAUGGUAACUAACAAGGACAAACAACAUCCAGCCGAACCAAAUUCUAAAGCUCUGCCAUCUUUUACAUCAGUAAUAUCAGAACUGGAAAAAUCCAAAGAUAGCAAAGAAAGCAAGGUUACUGUUCCUUCUGAAACUUAUCAUGACAAAAUGCAAGCCCACGAAUGUGCCAUUAGUAGUAUGAAGCAUGUUGAAGAAUUAGGUAAUAGUGCUGAAACAGAGUAUAAGGACCAUAAACAUGUAAUAGAUUUCCCUCCCAAUAUAGUAGCCCCUACGUAUGAUAACACACAUGGAACUGAGAAGACCAUGCAUGAAACACUGAUUAGUCAUGGUGAAAAGGAAGUGACUAAGGAAGACAAAAUUCUAGACCAGGAGUCUGCUCUUUUUGAAAGGAGUGUCAGGGGGGAAGUGCAACAACCACAAAAAGAUGCAGUGUUUCCUAAUUUUGCUCCUGUGCAGGAGCAUUUAGUGCAUCCUUCUGAAAUGUCAGCUGCCUUAUCCCAAGGCUUAACAAGUAUACUCAGAUGUAUGCAGGAGGAUGAACCUUUAAGUUAUACCAGUACAAGAGCUUUAAUGCAAAACUUACUUAAAAUGGCUAAUUCCACACUCUGCGAGGGUGAGGAUUCUAAUCAAUCCGGUGUCAAAAAUACAAACCAUGAUAUUAGACCUGCUUCAAAAAUAGCUGUUGCUAACAAGAAUAAUCCUGCCCCAUGUCUUUGGCUUAAUAAUAGAAGUCCUGAUCUCCUCCUUGAUAUACUGAAGCAAGACUAUUGCAACCAAAGUAUUGGUGGCACACAUGGAACAAUGGAUGGGAACUCCCAGACUGAAACACAGCAACAGGGAAAAACUGAGACUCAUGCACAGAAUGUUUCCCAGCUUGAUCGAAAUAGAAUGUCAAUUGUAUUAGAAGCAGAAGCUGCUCCACAGAAUCCUUUGGCACCCAGUAAGGCUUUUGCUUUGAAAGGGGACCAUCAGUCUGACCAUCUGCCCCAAAGCUUUUCUCGUGAUGAUAUGGACACGAAGGAACCAGUAGCAAGACUUGAUUCAACAAGCAUGUACACAGAGAAGCUGAAAAGGCACGCAAGAGUGGUUCAAGAUAUGAAAUUCUUCUUAGAUGAUCUGCAGCCCAUCAGUAAUGACCUGGAAACCCUGAAAGUUCAACUUGAACAGUUAGAAUCCUUUGAAUCAGGAUUGGCUGGCUUUGCUGUUACUUUGAAGAAAGAUUUGAAGGUGGCAGAAGAAUUUGUAAAGCUUCAGCAUAGAGAUGCUCCCAGUGACCAACUUGAAGACCUAAGGAAACAAUAUGAACAUUUAGAAAAGGAUUUCUUUCUGGUCUGUGACAUGUCUUCAAAGCAUGCAAAGCAAAUAGUCUUUGCAGUAGAUGCUGAAAUGGCUAAACUGGCAGUGUUGCAUCAGGAACAUCUAGUUAGGCUUCAGGAAUCUGCAGAUUGGAUCAUGGAAAAGAGUGAAACCAUGAAUAAUCUCCAGGUGGACAUAUGUGAUUUGGAAGAUGUGAAGCACAGGUUUCAGUUACUCAAGGAAAUAGAAAAAAAGCUUGGAUCUAGAAAAGUGCACCUGGAGUCCACAGCACUUGAUGUUCAGUUCUUCAUUUCUGAACAUGCCCAAGACCUUUCCCCAAACCAGAGCAAGCAGUUACUGAGACUAUUAAAUGCUACACAGAAGCGUUUCCAGGAAAUGCAAGAAACAACAAAAUCUCAAGCAGACCAUUUAGAAACUCUAAUACAGACUGCACAAGUUCUUGUCGACCAGAAGGACUUGGCAGAACAGCACCAGGAAUUCAAAGAGAAGGUGCAGGAUAUAUGUGACCUUCUAACGCAGACUGAAAACCAGCUCAUCGGCCACCAGGAAGCUCUUGUUAUUGAGAGGGGCAAGUCUGAGUUGCAGCAAUAUCAAACCAAGCAAGAGGAGCUACAGAAAGACUUGUUAGCAAACACACAGGCAUUGGCAGAGAUUGUGAAAAACACAGAUAUGUUCUUGAAAGAAAAUGGGAGGAAGCUGUCGCAAGAAGACAAGACUGCUCUUGAGAAGAAGCUGAAUGAAGCCAAGACAAAGUGCCUUCUGCUGAGCCAGAAAGCUGAGGAAUCAAGAAAAGAGCUGGAUAAGGCGGUGACAACAGCCAUUAAGCAGGAAACAGAAAAGGUUGCAGCCAGGGAGCAGCUGGAAGAGAGCAAAAGUACAAUAGAAAAUCUUCUUAACUGGUUGUCGAACAUAGACAAGGAUGCGGAACAUUUGGAAAAGGAAUGUCAGCCAGUAAUCAAGCAGAAUGGCAACCAUUUCCAAGAAGGGGACAUGGAGGACUUGGUUGGAGAAGAUGAUGAGGUGAAUGGUAACUUUUUUGACGUUGAGCAACAGAAUGAAUCCCAAGUGGACGGACAAGUGAAACUCAAGGAAGAUAAUCUCAACAAACAAUAUCAGAAAAUCAAGGCUCAGCAUGAGAAAAUUAUUUCACAACAGCAAGCAGUCAUAAUAGCCACCCAAUCAGCCCAAGCCCUGCUUGAGAAGCAAGGUAAUCAUCUCUCUCCAGAGGAGAAAGAGAAGGUACAAAGGAAUAUAAAAGAACUGAAAAUGCAGUAUGACACCGCUUUGGCUGAAUCGGAGCACAAGCUGAAGUUAACGCGUUCUCUGCAGGAAGAGCUUGAGAAAUUUGACGCAGACUACAGCGAGUUUGAAAGUUGGCUUCAGCAGGCGGAACAAGAGCUUGAAAACCUGGAGAUGGGUACAUCUGACUUUGGUGGCGUUCUCGCCAAACUGAAAAGGCAGAAAAGUUUCUCAGAAGAUGUCAUUUCUCACAAAGGGGACUUGAGGUAUAUCACCAUUUCUGGGCAAAGAGUGCUGGAUGCUGCGAAGUCAUGUGACAAAAGAGACGGGUUCGGCUAUGACAAGGAAGGCACUGAGAGUUCGUCAACGUAUACAGAAGUACAGAAUAAGCUGGAUGGUGCAACAGCUCGCUUUAAAUCUCUCUAUUCCAAGUGCAGUAUCCUUGGAAACAACCUCAAAGACCUGGUAGAUAAGUACCGGAAUUAUGAGGAUGCUUCCUCUGGACUUCUGUCAGGACUCCAGGCAUCUGAAGACGCUGUUAAUAAACAACUUUCUGAGGCAGUUGCCGUGGAUCCAAAAAAUCUCCAGAGGCAAUUAGAAGAAACCAAGGUUCUUCAGGGACAGGUGGCAGGUCAUCAGAUUGCUGUAGAGAAACUCAAGAAAGCAGUUGAAGUGCUCUUGGACGUCAGGGGAGAAUUGCUGCCAGAUAAAGAAAUGAUCCAGAAUACAGUGGAUACGGUUGUGGACAAGUAUAACCACUUGUCCAAAGCAGUCAGUGACCGGAAUGAGAAACUCCAGAUCACUCUGACGCGUUCUUUAAGUGUUCAGGAUGGAUUGAAUGAAAUGCUUGAUUGGAUGAAUGACGUUGAGAAGUGCCUUGAGGAGCAAAGUCAAGUGCCUUUGAAUUCUGCUGCCAUUCAGGAAGUCAUUAGUAAAAGCAUGGCACUAGAACAAGAUAUUGCAGGUCGCCAGAGCAGUCUAAAUGCCAUGAGUGAAAAAGUGAACAAAUUCAUUGAAAAAACAGAUCCAUCCACUGCAUCCUCUUUACAAGCUAAAAUGAACCAGCUCUCUGAACGAUUUUGUGAAGCCAGUAAGAAACGCAAGAAGAAACUUGAAAAGAUGGAGCAAUUGAAGUCAAAAUUGGAACUAUUUGAGUGCCUCUCGGAUAAACUUCAGUCAUUCUUAGACAAGAAAGCUCAGGCUAUCGGUGAAGCUGAUAUCCCAGGGAAGGAUGUUACUGAAAUGUCUGUGUAUAUGCAGGAAACCCAUUCUGAAUUGGCAGAGCAGAAAAAAGAUCUUGAAGCUUUGCAGCACCUUGUUGAAGAACUUUCUUCGCAUGCUCUCCCUGGAGACAAGUCAUUAGUGUUAGAAAAAGUCAACAGUUUGUCAAAGAAGUUCAGGGCGAUGGAGGAGACAGUGCGAGAAAAAGAAGAAGACGUGUCCUCUUGUCAACAACAAAUGGAUACAUUCAAGCUUCAUGUAGCAUGUUUAAAAAAAUGGAUAGAUGAAAUGACAGAAAGGAUUCCAACGAUUCAGCCUUCUUUAAGUUCUGAGACUUUAAAGAAAUGUUUACAGAACACCAAGAAUUUGGAAGAUGAAUGGAUUUCAAAGGCACCUGAAAUUCAGAAAAUGACUAGCAGAGGAGUAGCAUUAUGUAACCUAAUCCACGCUGUGACUUCCCCUGCAAAAACAAGAGGAGUCAAAUCAGAUAUCAGUGGAACAGUGUUAAAUGGUGAAGGAGGUACUACAGGUAUCCAGGGUUUCCUAACAAACAAAGAACUCGCUGCUGUUCAACAGGACAUGUCAACUGUGAGCCAUAACUAUGAUGACUUGGGAGGAAUAUUGAAAGAUAAAAGAUCAGAAUUAGAAUCCAUGCUUAUGAACAUGCAGAAUGUCCAAGAAGAAUCAAAUUCGAUGAUGGAAUGGUUACAGAAAAUGGAUAUGGCUGCAGCAAAAUGGGAAGCUGCUCUCCUAGAUGGCGAAGCAGUCAAGGAACAAGUGGAGCAACAUAAGCUAUUUGAAACAGAGUUGAAACAGAAUGAGAAUAAACUGCAAGAGCUCAAAGACAGAGUCACAGAGUUGCUGGAGAAGAACCCAGACUCCCCUGAGGCACCCAAAUGGAAACAGAUGUUGGAUAAAAUAGAUUCCAAAUGGAAAGAACUCAGCCAAAUAGCCACUGAUAGACAGAAAAAACUGGAAGAGUCAUCAAAUUAUCUGACCCAGUUUCAGACCGCAGAAUCUCAGCUGAAACAGUGGCUGGUGGAAAAGGAAUUAAUGAUCAGUGUGCUUGGACCUCUGUCAAUUGAUCCCAACAUGUUAAAUACACAAAAGCAGCAAGUUCAGAUUCUACUCAAGGAGUUUGACACGCGAAAGCCUCAGUAUGAACAGUUAACCAUGGCAGGGCAAGGAAUUCUGAAGAGACCAGGUGAACAUCCACCAUCUCAUGAAACUGUGAGGCAGCAGUUGGCAGCUGUGGCACAGAAAUGGGAUGGCUUGACAGGACAGCUGAGGGACCGAUGUGGGCGAAUUGACCAAGCCAUUGUCAAAAGCGCAGAAUACCAAAGCUGUCUGAAAAACCUCUCUGAGAAGUUUAGUGCCUUGGAUAAUAAACUCAGCAGCAGCCUGGCUGUAAGUACAGACCCUGAUGCUGUGAAGCAGCAGCUGGAAGUGGCCAGAGAACUGAAACAGGAAAUAGAGCAGGAGCUGUCAAACAUAAAUGCUGCUCGGACUCUUUGUGAAGAACUAGCUGUGCUGGUGGCAGAAGAUUACUUGAAAAUGGAGCUUGCCAGGCAAUUAGAAGGUGUCAUAAAGCCCUUUAAGGAAAUGGAACAAAAAUCAGGCAGUCACAUUGAGCAACUUCAGUCAACGUAUGCUAGUUCCCAUCAGUUCCAACAAAUGUCCAAGGACUUCCAAGCUUGGCUGGAUGAAAAGAAAGAGGAACAGAAGCGGUCUUGCCCCAUCUCUGCCAAUCUGGAAUCAUUGCAGUCACUAAUUAAUGGUCAGAAAGCACUAAAGGUGACUUUGUCUGAACAGAUUGGUUCUUAUGAAAAAAUAAUUGCGGAAGGUGAAAACUUGCUCCAGAAGACUCAAGGGUCUGAGAGGGCAGAGCUGCAGUCCCAGCUGAACAUGCUGAAAGGGAACUGGGGUGAAAUGAAUAGGCAAGUGAAAGAAAAUCAAGACAGGUUGAAUGACUGUCUAGAAAAAGCCCUCAGGUACAAAGAGCAUGCAGAGAACUUGCAGUCCUGGUUAAUAAAGUGCCAAAGCAACCUCUCUGAGAUCAAAAUAAGAACAGACCCUGUUGAGCUCGAGAAGACCUUCGCUCAGGUGAAGACCUUGCAGAAGGACUUGGAUAAACAUCAAGGAAUGGUGGAGCUGUUGAGCAACGCGGCGGCAAUGCUGCUUAGUGCCUGUGAGACAGACAAAGACGUUAUUCAAGAGGAAAUGGCACUGCUGAUCCAGAAAGUUGAUACGGUUGCAGAACAAGUGCAUACUAAGAGAGAGGGCCUGGAAAAGAUGGCUCAGAGACUAAAAGAGUUUCAGGAAUCGUCCAGGGAAGUUAAAGAGCAGCUUCAGAAGGCCAGAGAGCAGCUGGAAACUUAUGGUACUUUGAAACCCCAAACUUACAGCAACAAACAUUUGACACUUAUGCAAACUCAUCAGAAAGCACUCCAGACCUUAAAGCCUCAAGUGGACCUGACCAAAAAGCUUGCCCAAGAAAUUGUGGUGAACACUUCUGAUUCAUCAGGUGUUUCUGACCUCUUGCUGCAAGCGGAAACAUUAGAAGAAGAACACAGUGCCAUCACCCGGCAGGUCGAAGACAAAUGUUCCUUUCUGGAAACCAAACUUCAGGGCAUUGGUCAUUUCCAAAACACCAUCCGAGAGAUGUUUUCCCAGUUUGCAGAGUUUGAUGAUGAGUUGGAUAGCAUGGCAUCUGUGGGCAGGGACUUAAUUACACUACAGUCUCAGCGAGAGGAUAUCCAGACGUUCCUGAAGAAGUUGGAAGACCUUAUAACCAGUAAUGAAAAUGCAAACAAGACUUGUAAAGCAAUGUUAGCAAGUGAAGCCGAAGCUUCUCCUGAUGUAGCAGGCAUAAAGAGAGACUUGGAGGCUUUAAACAAGCAAUGCAAUAAAUUGUUGGACAGAGCAAGGGCUAGAAAGGAACAAGUAGAGGGGACUAUUUGUCGCAUUGAAGAGUUCUACCAUAAACUGAAGGAGUUUUGCAAGCUUCUUGGGGAAGCAGAAGAACAUGAAGAGUCCCAAGGUCCUGUCGGAAUGGAAACAGAGAUUAUUAAUCAACAGCUGAAAGUAUUCAAGGUAUUCGAGAAGGAGGAGGUUGAUCCACUGCAGGUUAAGCAACAGGAGGUGAAUUGGUUGGGUCAAGGCCUUAUUCAGAGUGCUGCUAAAAACACAAGCAUUGAUAACCUUGAACGUGAUCUUGAAGAUGUUAACACGAGAUGGAAAACGCUCAACAAAAAGGUUGCCCAAAGAGCAGCUCAAUUGCAAGAAGCAUUACUCCACUGUGGGAGGUUUCAAGAUGCUCUCGAAUCCAUACUCAGCUGGCUGAUUGACACUGAGGAUCUGGUGGCUAAUCAAAAACCUCCAUCAGCUGAGUUUAAAGUUGUAAAGGCCCAAAUCCAGGAACAAAAACUUCUCCAGAGGUUGCUGGAUGACCGCAAGCCCACUGUCGAACUAAUCAAGCGUGAGGGGGAGAAAAUUGCAGAGUCAGCAGAGCCUGGUGAUAAACGGAAGAUCUUGAAACAGCUGAGCCUCCUAAAUAGCAGAUGGGAUGUGUUGCUCAAUAAGGCUGAAGCCAGGAAUUGUCAGUUGGAAAAGAUCUCAGCUGUAGCACAGCAAUUCCAUGAAACCUUAGAACCCAUAGUUGAAUGGCUAACCACCACUGAGAAAAAGCUUUCAAAUUCUGAGCCCAUUGGAACACAGGCCUCCAAAUUACAACAGCAGAUAUCUCAACAUAAAGCCUCAGAGGAAGACAUCAUUAUUCGCAAUAAAAAUUUACAGCAAGCUAUUAGUAUUGGGGAGGCUUUAAAGACAUUGAGCUCCAGGGAAGAUAAAGAUAUGGUGCAGGAGAAACUAGAUUCAUCCAAAACCCGAUAUAUUGAGAUCCAGGAGAAAAGCAGCAGAAGGGGUGAGCUGCUCCAGCAAGCCUAUUGCAACGCUCAGAUUUUUGGAGAGGAUGAAGUUGAAUUGAUGAAUUGGCUGAAUGAAGUCCAUCAGAGGUUGAGCAAAUUGGCAGUCCAAGACUACAAUACUGACUUGCUUGUGAAACAACACACUGAAAUGCUGGUUCUUCAAGAAGAGAUUCUGCUCAGAAAGCAAAAUGUUGAUCAAGCAAUACAAAAUGGUUUGGAGCUCCUCAAACAAACUACAGGCGAUGAAGUUGUCAUAAUCCAAGAUAAAUUGGAGGGCAUUAAAGCAAGAUACAAAGACAUCACUAAGCUGAGUUCCGAUGUAUCCAAGACCUUAGAGCAGGCUCUACAACUUUCUGGGCAGCUGCAAUCAGCUCACGAGGAACUUUGUACUUGGCUUGACAAAACUGAAGCGGAAUUACUUUCAUAUGAAGCUCAGAGCCCCAAAGGCAAAGUAUUAAAUCAAGCACAAGACAGACAAAGGGAACUGAAAAAAGAAGCAAAACAGAACAGGAGCUUAUUGGACACUCUCAAUGAAGUCAGCAGUGCUUUGCUAGAACUGGUGCCAUGGAGGGCACGAGAAGGGAUAGACAAAAUGGUCACAGAAGACAAUGAGCGGUACAGGUCAUUGACUGACACUAUAACCGAAAAAGUGGAGGAGAUUGAUGCUGCCAUUCUAAGAUCACAACAGUUUGAUCAUGCCGCUGAUGCUGAAUUGGCCUGGGCUGCUGAAACAGAGAAGAAAUUACUGUCUCUUGGUGUUAUUAGGCUCGAACGUGACCAGACCGCUGCUCAGCUACAAGUUCAAAAGGCCUUUGCUAUGGAGAUUUUAAAGCAUAAGGAUAUGAUAGAUGAACUUGUUGCAUCUGGUGAUGAGAUUAUGAAGACAUGCCCAGAAGAGGAGAAACGAGCAAUGAAGAACAAACUGAAAAGCCUCUUACAGAAAUACGAUACACUCUGUCAGAUGAAUUCUAAAAGGAAUCUCCAGCUGGAACGUGCGCAGUCUCUGGUCAGCCAGUUCUGGGAGACAUAUGAAGAGAUUUGGCCUUGGUUGACUGAAACAAAACUGGUUAUCUCGCAGCUUCCAGCACCAGCUCUUGAAUAUGAGACACUAAAGCACCAGCAAGAAGAACAUAGGCAACUACGAGAGUUGAUUGCUGAACACAAGCCUCAUAUAGACAAGAUGAACAAAACUGGACCUCAGCUUCUGGAGCUGAGCCCCAAAGAAGGAUUUUCAAUCCAAGAGAAAUAUGUAGCAGCUGAUACCCUUUACAGUCAAAUUAAGGAAGAUGUCAAAAAGCGAGCUCAGGCUCUGGAUGAAGCCAUUUCUCAGUCUACCCAGUUUCAUGACAAGAUAGAUUCAACCACUGAGAGCCUGGGACGCAUCAUUGAGCGUCUGAGGCAACCACCUUCAAUCUCUGUGGAGGUUGAGAAGAUUAAAGAACAGAUCACUGAAAAUAAGAAUGUGUCCGUGGAUCUGGAAAAACUUCAGCCAGUUUAUGAAACUCUGAAACAGCGUGGGGAGGAAAUGAUUGCACGUUCGGAAGGGGCUGAUAAAGAUAUAUCUGCUAAAGUGGUUCAAGAUAAGCUGGACCAAAUGGUCUUCAUCUGGGAAGAUAUCCAUGCUCUGGCUGAGGAAAGAGAGGCCAAACUGCUUGAUGUUAUGGAACUAGCGGAAAGGUUCUGGUGUGAUCACAUGGCUCUUGUAGUUACUAUUAAAGAUACUCAGGAUUUUAUCAAGGAACUAGAGGGACCUGGGAUUGACCCUUCUGUGGUGAAACAGCAACAAGAAUCAGCAGAGAGUAUCAAAGAAGAGGUAGAUGGGCUACAAGAAGAACUAGACGCAGUGGUCAGCCUUGGAUCUGAACUCAUAACUGCUUGUGGAGAACCUGACAAACCUUUAGUCAACAAGAGCAUAGAUGAGUUAAAUUCUGCUUGGGAUGCUUUGAAUAAAGCAUGGAAGGAGCGUGUUGACAAGCUUGGGGAAGCCAUGCAGGCUGCUGUCCAGUAUCAAGAUGGAUUGCAGGCUUUAUUUGACUGGGUGGAUAUUGCUGGCAGUAAGUUAUCGUCAAUGUCACCAGUUGGGACUGACCUAGAGACUGUGAAACAGCAAACAGAAGAACUGAAGCAAUUUAAGACAGAAGCGUAUCAGCAACAGAUAGAAAUGGAACGACUGAACCAUCAAGCAGAGCUGUUGUUGAAAAAAGUGACUGAUGACAGUGACAAGCAGACUGUACAAGAGCCCUUAUCUGAACUCAAGUUGCUAUGGGAAACUUUGGAAACCAAAAUUGUUACCCGCCAGCAUAAGCUGGAGGGUGCUUUAUUAGCUCUGGGACAGUUCCAGCAUGCCCUGGAUGAGUUGCUGACAUGGCUGACACAUACUGAAGACCUGCUGAAUGAACAGAAACCUGUGGGUGGUGACCCCAAGGCUAUUGAAAUUGAACUGGCCAAACAUCAUGUGCUUCAAAACGAUGUCUUAGCUCACCAGUCCACAGUAGAGGCAGUUAAAAAAGCAGGGAAUGAUCUGAUUCAGUCAAGUGCUGUUGAAGAAGCAAGCAAUCUCCAGAGCAAGUUGGAACUUCUCAAUCAACGUUGGCAAAAUGUCUGGGAGAAAACAGAAAAAAGGAAACAACAGCUGGACAAUGCUUUGAUCCAGGCACAAGGUUACCAUGGUGAAGUUGAAGAUCUGCAACAAUGGCUGACCGAAACUGAGCGUCAGCUUUUGGCAUCAAAGCCUCUUGGUGGUUUACCAGAAACUGCAAGAGAGCAGCUCAAUACCCAUCUGGAACUCUGUUCUGCCUUUGAAGCCAAAGAAGAGACAUACAAAUGCCUGAUGGAUAAAGGCCUACAGAUGCUUGCAAGAUGCCCAGAGUCUGUCGAAACGAAUGUUGAGCAAGACAUAAAUAACCUCAAAGAAAAAUGGGAAUCAGUAGAGGCAAAGCUCAGCGAAAGAAAAAUCAAACUGGAAGAAGCCCUCAGUUUGGCAAUGGAGUUCAAUAACUCACUGCAAGACUUUAUCAACUGGCUUACUCAAGCUGAGCAAACCCUGACAGCAGCUUCUCGGCCAAGUCUUAUCUUGGACACUGUCUUGUUUCAAGUUGAUGAGCACAAGGUCUUUGCCACAGAAGUGAAUGCCCACCGUGACCAGAUUAUAGAACUGGACAAAACUGGAACACAUCUGAAAUACUUCAGCCAGAAACAGGAUGUUGUCCUCAUUAAGAAUCUUUUGAUCAGUGUCCAGAGUAGGUGGGAAAAGGUAGUCCAGCGCUUAGUGGAGAGAGGAAGAGCUUUGGAUGAUGCAAGGAAACGAGCCAAGCAGUUCAAUGAAGCCUGGAACAAACUCAUGGAGUGGUUGGAUGAUUCAGAAAAGGCUUUAGAUGCAGAGCUGGAAAUUGCAAACGAUCCUGAUAAGAUUAAGACGCAGCUUACCCAGCAUAAGGAAUUUCAGAAAGCUCUUGGAGCCAAACAUUCUGUGUAUGACACCACAAACAGAAGUGGACGUUCUUUAAAAGAGAAAACAUCUCUUGCUGAUGACAACUUGAAACUGGAUGACAUGCUGAGUGAACUGAGAGACAAAUGGGAUACAGUAUGUGGAAAAUCUGUGGAAAGACAGAACAAACUGGAAGAAGCCCUGCUGUUUUCUGGACAAUUUACUGAUGCUCUUCAAGCUCUCAUAGAUUGGCUGUAUAAAGUGGAACCGCAGCUGGCCGAAGAUCAACCCGUGCACGGAGAUGUUGAUUUAGUGAUGAACUUAAUAGAUAAUCACAAAGUGUUCCAGAAGGAACUGGGCAAGAGGACAAGUGGCGUCCAGGCUUUGAAACGCUCUGCCCGAGAGCUGAUCGAAGGCAGUCGCGAUGAUUCCUCCUGGGUGAAGGUCCAAAUGCAGGAACUCAGCACUCGUUGGGAGACUGUGUGUGCGCUGUCUGUCUCCAAGCAGACACGACUAGAACAAGCCCUCCACCAGGCAGAGGAAUUUCACUCUGUGGUUCAUGUUCUUUUGGAAUGGCUGGCUGAGGCUGAACAGGCGCUUCGUUUCCAUGGCAUCCUCCCAGAUGAUGAAGAGGCUUUGCGAGCACUAAUAGAUCAGCAUCGGGAAUUCAUGAGGAAACUGGAAGAGAAAAAGACUGAAUUAAAUAAAGCCACAGGUAUGGGAGAGGCCAUCUUGGCUAUCUGCCACCCAGACUCCAUCACUACCAUUAAGCACUGGAUAACAAUCAUCAGAGCAAGGUUUGAAGAGGUGUUAGCAUGGGCAAAGCAACAUCAGCAGAGACUGGCAGGAGCCCUGGCCACUCUGAUUGCAAACCAGGAGUUAUUGGAAGCAUUGUUGUCCUGGCUGCAGUGGGCAGAGACUACUCUGAGUGAAAAAGACAAGGAAGACAUUCCUCAGGAAAUUGACGAUGUUAAAGCACUCAUAGCUGAACACCAGAUGUUUAUGGAAGAAAUGACUAGAAAACAGCCUGAUGUUGAUAAAGUUACUAAGAUACACAAAAGGAAAGCCGCUGAAUCUACUCCAGUCCAGUCUCAGAUUCCUGUACUUGAUAAAGGAAGAGGAGGACGGAAACGUUCCCCAACACCAAGUUUGUAUCCAUCAGGUGCACAGACCCAGAUUGAAACCAAGAAUCCACGGGUGAACCUGUUAGUCAGCAAGUGGCAACAAGUCUGGCUCCUAGCCCUGGAAAGAAGAAGGAAAUUGAAUGAUGCUUUAGACCGACUAGAGGAACUGAAGGAAUUUGCAAACUUUGAUUUUGAUAUUUGGCGGAAAAAAUAUAUGCGGUGGAUGAACCAUAAGAAAUCUCGAGUGAUGGACUUCUUUAGGAGGAUAGAUAAAGAUCAGGAUGGAAAGAUAACAAGGCAGGAAUUUAUUGAUGGGAUUCUUUCUUCAAAGUUUCCUACCAGUCGAUUGGAAAUGAGCGCAGUAGCUGAUAUCUUUGACAGAGAUGGUGAUGGCUAUAUUGACUAUUAUGAAUUUGUAGCAGCACUUCAUCCCAACAAGGAUGCAUACAAACCUCUAACAGAUGCAGAUAAAAUUGAAGAUGAGGUAACAAGGCAGGUAGCGAAAUGUAAAUGUGCAAAGCGAUUCCAGGUGGAGCAGAUUGGAGAUAACAAGUACAGAUUCUUCCUGGGAAAUCAGUUUGGUGACUCCCAGCAACUCCGUCUUGUUCGUAUUCUGCGGAGUACUGUUAUGGUUCGAGUUGGAGGUGGAUGGAUGGCAUUGGAUGAGUUCCUCGUGAAAAAUGAUCCUUGCAGAGUUCAUCAUCACGGGAGUAAAAUGUUACGUUCGGAAUCAAACUCUUCAAUUACCACUCAGCCUACUAUAGCAAAAGGAAGGACAAACAUGGAGCUACGUGAGAAGUUCAUUUUGGCCGACGGCGCCAGCCAGAGUAUGGCUGCCUUCAGACCAAGGGGGCGGAGGUCACGGCCUUCUUCGCGAGGUGCUUCACCCAACAGAUCCACAUCUGUGACAAAUCCACCUGCCCAAACAGCUCCAACACCAUCUGUCGCUACCAGCACACCCAAGACACCCCAUCAUUUAACACGCAACUAUGGCAAACCAUGGUUGAUAAACAGCAAAACAACAUCUCCUUGUAAACCACCAGAGUGCUCUGAAUAUCAAGUGUCAUCCACAGAGGGAACUCCAAUACAAGGGAGUAAACUUAGAUUGCCAGGAUAUCUGUCAGGGAAGGGUUUCCAUUCUGGAGAAGACAGUGGUCUAAUCUCAACAGCAGCUACAAGACUCAGGGCACAUUUUGCAGAAACUAGAAAAACUCCGAGCAGGCCAGGAAGUCGAGCAGGAAGCAAGGCUGGCAGCAGAUCUAGCAGUCGCCGGGGCAGUGAUGCCUCUGACUUUGACAUCUCAGAAAUCCAGUCUGUGUGUUCAGACGUGUCAGAAACUGUUCGCACGGCAAGCAGACCGACGCCACGGCCUUCUUCUCGGUCUGGAUCUGGCAAGCCUUCCAAAAUUCCAACCCCGCAAAGAAGGUCACCCGCCAGCAAAUUAGACAAAUCCUCCAAAAGAUAGUGUGAUUGGUUCAGUCGAGGUCUUCUUUGUCCUGUGCAUUAAAAAUAUUUAAGUUUAUAAGAUGUAAAAUAUUCUGUAGAAAUUAUUGUGAAAUAUUACAAGGAUUUGGAUUUUUAA